AUGACUUGUACGAUUAAAGCAAUGAUGAAGGUGAAACUACACAGAGAUCAUGGUCGGUCCAAAAGGUCCGGCGUCAGCGUCAGCGGCAAUGAUUCUCGCACAAAGCUUGUUCGUUUCAUCGACGCCGAGCUCUCUCUCUCUCUCAAUCUCCGACAUCUCAACCUCUCUCUCUCUCGAUCUCCGGUGAACUCCGAGCUCUCUCUCUCUCUCGAUCUCCGACGAACUCCGAGCUCUCUCUCUCGAUCUAUCUAUUGCAGAGCUCUCUCUCUCGAUCUACCCAUCUCCCAGCUCAUCUCAUCUCAAGCUCUCUCUUCUCCAUACCCAUCUCGAGCUCGACCAAACCCAUCACUUCCUUUUCUUGUUGAGCUGGACAGGAACGGCGCCCAAGGAAUCAUCUCUCAGUUCUUGAAGCAUUUGGGAACACCAAAACUCUCAGGCUCUCUCAGGCUUCUCCAUAGCUUUCUCGAAGCAAACCCAUCUCUCCUCUGUUUCUCACUCUCUCGUUUCUCUCUUCUUUGCCGCAGCUCGAGCUCUCUCUCUCUUCUGACGAAAACCCAGGGCUUUUUCUCCUCCAACGCAACGCUCGCUCUCUCUCCCGAUCUCAGACGCACACCCUCUCUUCUUUGUUUUGGUAAGAUUACAGAACGUUCUGAUUUUGUUGAAAGUUCUCUGUUUGAUGAUCAUAUAGAGGUUCUCUCGUAUUAA